AGGUGAGAAAGCCAGAGCUGCUGGGAGCCAACUGGCUGGAGCUGCUGCUGCCAUCACUAAGAGUGCUUUUGUCGUGGCUGGCUCCUUCAGCACCAGAAAAGGUAAAAUAUCACAAUGAAGGUGGCAGUUCUGUGUUUAUGUCUUAUCAGCAUCACAGCUGCAUGGCCUGUGGUUCCAUCCAAGCAGCAUGCCAUUUCUGCCAGCUCAGAAGAAAAAUAUGACUCCAGGGGCCAACACUUGCACAGAUAUCACAAUGACCACGUGAAUUCUCAGUCUCAGGAGAGUCAGCAGCACCCACAGAGUGACCUGGCAUCAUCUCAGCAGACCCUUUACUCUUCAGAAGAAAGCAUGGAUGUCCCAGAACAGCUGCACUUUCCUGAUGUGUCAAGCAAGAGCCACGAAGAUGUGGAUGAUGAUGAUGAUGAUGAUGACGAUGAUUCCAAUGACACAGAUGAAUCUGAAGAGGUUGUCACGAGUUUUCCCACAGACAUUCCAGUGACUGAACCAUUCCCCACUUUCCCUUUCACCCGGGGAGACAAUGCUGGCAGAGGUGACAGUGUGGCCUACAGGAUGAGGGCAAAAGCUGCACUGUUGAAGUAUAUAAAAUUCCACAAAGAUGCCAAAAAGCUCCUCUACGAUGCCACUGAAGAAGACGAGAGCGACAUGGAUGCAGACAGCCAGCGCCCUCUCUCCCGGGAGAAUCCUGCUUUCCGUAGGUCCCUGACGAAGCCCGCCAGCAGCGUGGUAUGGUCUGACCGGAGCCACGGGCGGGACGGCAGCGAGCAGGACAGCGAGCCGCAUCACCGGAGCUUGGACAACGACAGCUGGCCCAAAUCCGACAGCCGCGAGGCACAGAGCGACAGCAGCAAGCCUGGUGUCAGAAGGGACAGCCACCCGAGUGUGGAAAGCAGGGAGAGGGGGGACAGCCACCCGAGUGUGGAAAGCAGGGAGAGGGGGGACAGCCACCCGAGUGUGGAAAGCAGGGAGAGGGGGGACAGCCACCCGAGUGUGGAAAGCAGGGAGAGGGGGGACAGCCACCCGAGUGUGGAAAGCAGGGAGAGCCCGGACCGCGUGUCAGCUGAGCUCGCUGACGAUAUCAGCAGCCAAACGCUGGAAAGUGCCGAGGAUUCUCAAGAUCGUCACAGCAUCGAAAGUAACGAAGUCACCCUUUAAAGGGAGAUAAAAAUAAUAUUUCCCUUCUUUUCCAAUCCCUACCUAAGAGAAGCGGGGAGCGGCUUAAUUCUGGGGAGCUGUUUGUUAAUGUACUUGCGUGGUGACUUUUGGGGUUCGAGGCGGUCCCCUAGGGCUGUGCUAGCGGGGCUGUGGGGCACGGCGGGCGAGCGUGGCCCCUCGGGCACACUGCUGUCCGCGCUGCCGGGCGCUGUUUUGUGUAACGGGACGUGAAUAAAACCUCAAAGCCCUGUA